AUGAGCUCGCGUUUCAAGUCCUUAGGCUUCGGUUCCAAACGAAAGAGCAGCGCCAACAUCCAGACAUCGUCAACCGCUUCGACCUCAGUAGCAUCGCCAAACGGGUCCACUUCCACCACUGGGACUCCCCCGCCGCAAAACAGCUCCCAGACCAGCCUGCCGCCGAUGAAUCCCAAUCAACCUGCUGCGCCCGGGCGACCUCCCAGUUAUUCAUACAAUAGCGUCCAGGGACGCCCUCAGUCGCCGAUGCCCCCACCACAAAACCAAAUGGCCCAUCACCCCGCGCCCAUUGAUACCAGGGCAGGUGCCUACGUGGGUGGUGCACCCCAACUGGGCCCUCCUCAACCACCAGGGUAUGGUGGUGCGUAUGGACAUCAGCAACUCGGUCCCCAGCCGGGCAUCCAGCACAUGGCGCAGCAAUAUCCACAGGGUGCGCGCCCCGCGGCCGAAGUGGAGGGCGCAGGGAGGAGUAAAGCUCAGCUGAUUGUUGGCAUUGAUUUUGGCACAACCUUCUCCGGUGUAGCAUUUGCAUUUGCGACUAACACAGAAGCCAAGGAGGAUAUCAUCACGGAAUGGCCUGGCGCUGGUAAUCAAACAAAGCAAAAGAUUCCCACGGUGCUGUACUAUGACCAAUACCAGAAAGUCGUCGGCUGGGGUCCAGAUAUCGCCGACGCCCUUGCUCCCACUGGCUACCCCAAACCCGGCGUGCAAAAGGUAGAAUGGUUCAAGCUUCAACUCAUGCUCUCCGGGAAUACAUACAUAGAUCCGAUCAACCUGCCGCCUCUGCCACCUGGGAAAUCUGAAAUCGACGUCGCUGCCGACUACCUCUUCAAGCUUCGGCAAGCAAUGCGAGUACAGCUACAGAAGACAUUGGGCGAAGUCUUCAACCGCGAAGAGCGCAAUAUUAGAUACUUCCUGACUGUGCCCGCAAUCUGGAACGAUGCGGGCAAGGCUGCCACAAGAGCGGCAGCGAUCCAGGCAGGCUUCAUUCGAGACGAGAACGACAACAGACUGACCCUGAUCACCGAACCCGAGGCUGCCGCCAUGUUUUGCUCCAAGACUGGCCUUCUCAACCUCAAGAUUCAUGACGCAGUCCUGAUUGUGGACUGCGGAGGCGGCACAGUGGAUUUGAUCGCGUAUGAGGUUGAAGAAGAGACACCAUUCACCGUGGCCGAAUGCACGGCUGGCAGUGGUGACUCCUGCGGUUCCACCGCUCUCAACCGAAACUUCUCCAACAUUCUGCGCGCGAAGAUCCGGAAGAUGAAAUUACCUGACGGGUCAAAGACCGCUGGUCGGGUUUACGCCAAAUGUAUAAUGGAUUUUGAGAACAGAAUAAAGGCCGAUUUCCGUAACAACGGGCAGAAGUGGGCGGUCGAUGUGGGUAUCGAGGCUGAAUUCCCGGAAGCUGGCAUUGAGGAGGGCUACAUGACAUUUACCAACGAGGAAAUUCUACAAUGCUUCGAGCCGGUCGUCAACCGCAUUCUCGAGCUUGUCCGCAACCAGAUCAUUGCCAUCCAAGCCCAAAACAGAUCGUUACAAAAUGUCCUGGUGGUGGGUGGUUUUGGUGCCUCAGAAUACCUCUUCCAACAAAUCAAGCUGCACGUGCCGCCCCAAUUCCAGUCCAAGGUUGUCCGUCCUAUGGACUCAGUGGCUGCAAUUGUCAAGGGCGCCGUCACCGCAGGGAUUACCGAACGAGUCAUCACUUCUCGUGUGGCCAGAAGACAUUACCUCAUGGCAACGCUCCAGCCAUUCAAAGAAGGUCAUCACCCCGAGCAAUACCGAGUUCCUAGUCUGGAUGGCAAGGACCGAUGCAAAUACACCAGACAGAUAUUCGUUCAGAAGGGAGAGAGGGUCAAGAUCGGAGAACCCGUCAAAGUUUCGUUCUUUAGACAAGUUGCACCUGGUGCAACACUUAUGUAUGAGGAUAUCUUGUACGCUUGUGAUGAAGAUGUUUGUCCCGAGUAUACCAAGGAUCCGCGAAUCAAGGAGGUCGUGACACUCACUUCAGACUUGUCAAGAAAGAACCUCGAGAAGGACUUUGAGCGAAUGGAUACCCCGCAAGGCACUUUCUACCGCGUCUACUUUGAUAUUUAUCUCACACUGGACGGCUCUGAAUUCAAUGCUGAGUUGGUGUGCCAGGGAGAAGUUAUGGGCAGGUGCAGCGCGAGAUUUCGAUAG